GGCAGCGCGAUGGCGGCGCUGGCAGGGCCUGGCGCGGGGACCCCGGGGUCCGGGGCUCGCGACCUCUUCGCCGAGGGGCUGCUGGAGUUCCUGCGCCACCCGGCCGCCGCUCAGCUCGACUCCGCACGUCACGCGGUCAGGGAGAGCCAGGUGGAGCUUCGGGAGCACAUCGAUAACCUGGCCACAGAGCUGUGCAGGAUCAAUGAAGACCAGAAGGUUGCGCUUGACUUGGACCCAUACGUGAAGAAGCUGCUCAACGCCCGGCGCCGAGUUGUGCUGGUCAACAAUAUCCUGCAGAAUGCACAGGAACGGCUGAGGAGACUCAAUCACAAUGUGGCCAAGGAGACAGCCCGCAGGAAGGCCGUCCUGGAGGCUGCUGGUGGCUACCCCCAGGGCCCGCCCAGCAAGUGAAGCGUGGGGGGAGCCUGGCUGGAGUGUUGCUGGACUGAUGGCCAGUGGAUUCUAGAGCUGGUACUAGGAGUUCGGCUGAGCAGGGAGACAGGAGCACUCCCUGCAGAGCUGAAGUUGGGGGGGGGGACUGCAGGGGAGAGAUGCACAGCUGGCUGUCAAAUGGAGGGGUAGAGCUGCUCCCACCUUCCAUGCUGCUUUCAGGGAGACCUCAGCAAGCUGGGCAGAUGGCCUUUGCUAGCACUGGUGCCCCAUUCACAGAACCGAGGGGCCCGUGUACAAUGUAGUGUUAGGCUGGGAGGCAGUACAAUAAAGCUGCCUGUUGCUUAUG